AUGUCGAUCCUUGAAGGUCUUCCACCAAGCCCGCCCUCAACUUCCUCACGAAGGAAACCGCUGUUCACAAAAUCAUCUAUGAACCUCACGAGUACGCCAGAGUCCCCGGCAUCAAUUCAAGGCUCCUCAAGCAACGGCACCCGCAAACGCGUAGAGUUCUCUCCGUGGACCAAUGCCUCCGAUCUGAUACACGCGAGCGAGUGUCCUUCCACAACAUCUACUGUAAAGCCGCUGCCUCCUUCUUCUGAGUGUCAGGCCUCCCUGAAAUCCAUUCUCAAGACGACUCAGGUCAACGAAGAACCCUUACCGACCGCCAAAGGACAGAAAGAGGAGGGCAUUUCUAUGGGUGCGAUGAUGGAGAGUAUUGUGCAACAACUUGCAGGCGAUGAGCGUACUAUCUCGGUAGAUGCCUACCAAACUCUUGCCAAAGUGAUCAGACAAUACGACGACAUCCCUGAUGAAGCAGUUCUCAAGAGCAAGGUCACGAAAAUUCUCAAGUAUAUCAGACGGGACUUAUUGAAGCCAAUUGAUGAGAUCGCGGACACGAAUCUAAUCACACAAGCAUUGAAGGUACUUGUUAUAUUUGUCUGGAAUGCGGAAUACUCCUCCUUCUUGACCGACGAAUAUCGUCUCUUCAUUCUCGACCGCUCCAUACUUGUCAUCUCAGAGCAUACAGCCCCAAAGAGUGUAAUUAUCCAUUACUUGCACCUCCUGGCCACUCAAGAUUUCCGACCUGUUCUACUUGCCUCCCACAAUAGAGUUCUACGCCUUCUUGACUCCCUCAAAGCGCUUUCUGAGCAUAUCAAAGGUAUCGGAGUAACUUUAGAGAGACUCUUGGUUUACAGAAAGCUGCUGGAGCAAUCUAAAGCAAAUAUGCAAGGAAAAGCGAACUUGUGGACCGAGGAGCUGUUGACCGGAUUGAUAAAUAGCUGCAAAGAGGUCAGGGUCAAAGCAAUCGACUUUGGAGUUCAAGUAUGCUCGACGUUCCCUGCGUCUUCGUCCAUCUCCCAUGCCACCAGGACUGUUUUAGAGCGUGAGCUGGAAAAAGAGGUUUCUUUUGGCACCGCCAUUUGCCGAAGGCUGGAGAAAAUGAUUGCUUCGAAGGAUGAUAUGGUUCAAGUCCCUCAAAUUUGGUCAACAAUAGUUCUUCUCAGCAACAGUACGGACACACGCAUCGACAACUGGGUCGAUCUCAAAAAUUGGCUCAAGGUUAUCCAAAAAUGUUUCAACGGCAGCGAUUCCAUUCUCAGACAGCAAUCUAACCUGGCCUGGAAUAGACUGGUGUAUGUUGCGAGACCCCACGAAGCGUCAGAUACACUUUUAGGUAUGCUGGCAAAGCCCAUCACCAUCCAAUUAGAGAGGCAAAGUGGAGAUAAGAGUAUGAAGGGAUCACGAGCCACAGCGGUCGGAAGCUACUGCACCUUGCUGUACUAUGCCUUCCGGCCUGCCUCGACCCAUAAACAAUAUACCCGGGUUUGGAACGAGUACAUUGUCAAAGUCAUGCGAAGCUCGUUCUUUGAGAAAAAUCCGGCCAAUUCAGAUAUGGCUUGUAGGGUUUUCAUUGCAUUGCUGUGGAAUUCAAGCAAAGGGACCAAGAUGUGGCAUGAAGGUCGAGCUCUACAAGACUCCAGGAUGACCGGGCCAGACGAAAUCCCUUCUCUUGACUGCAAAUGGGUCAGAGCUAAGUGUUCAGCUAUCGUCGACAUGUUCCAAAUCUUGUUGCGAUACAGUUCAUGGGGAGCUUCUGGCCAAUCCGACAAAGCAUACAUCGCAGUGGCUUGGAUACAUUUCCUCAGAGCCAUUCGAGAUGCGAGUAGCAAGGAGAUCAAGCCAUCUGCAGAAACGAAACACGCAACAGGCACUAUCCUUGCAUUUCUCGCGCGCAUCUGGCAAGAUUCUGUUCUUGAUACUGGGGAAAUUGCUGUCCACACUGCAGCUCAGAUAAGGCAGAUGACGAGGAGUUCAGUCAUGGAGCUGGGACACCAUAUGAUGCUGACGGCGCUGGAAUCAAGCGAUCAAUCCAUCCGUCUGCCAUUUAUCUGUUCGGAAUUGUCACUUGCGAUCUUCUCGGAGCUCUCGCAGCAACAGGACCAUCUAGAAGUUCGCUCACACCCCUCUAACCACAGAAUCCCUGUUCAGUCAUUGCUGCCUCAAUACGCAAAAUGUCUCAACUUGAUGGAGAACAUGAUCCUGGAGUACGUAGUGCAAGGCGAUUUGCACAACCUGACUGAAGGGAUGAGUGAAGUCGAUCUCGUCUUACUGAGUUCCCCAAACGACCUUUUACUAUCAACAUUAACCAGACUCCACAAACCCUUGGCUCUGAUAUUGAAGGAUGAAGCGGGUAUCUUGCGACGACACUCUACCAUGAGUGAGAGUCAGCGAUAUGAGAAUUUUGGCGAGACUAUCAUCAGUGUCUUGGGGAAGCUGCCGCCUACUAAUGUUGAGGCCAUGGACGAUAUUUUCUCCAGCUUGUUCACGAGUAGAUCAGUCACCGUGGUAAAUCAUGCCAUUACAAUGUGGAAUGCAACAUUCGGAUCGCAAGAGACAACAACACUCGGCCCUAGCUUGAAGCAAGCCCUUUUAGAACUCCAGAAAUUUACCGAUAUUGAUAUUCCUGGAAUGCCGCUGCAUCUAAAGGACCUAGACCUUUGUGCGGUUUCAUCGCCCCCGGCCUGUGUGGAAACACUCUCUUCACCCUCACACUAUACUGGUCGGCAGUCUUUGUCUCCAGCCGAUGUACUGGCUGUUCAUUCACCAGAGUUUGGGAGUCAGCCUCGUGCGGAUGCACUGAUCUAUCUUGAAGAAGAACAGAGUGUUAUUCCCUCGAGGCUGGGCACAGAGAGACCCAGCUCAAGGCCCCGGUCGAGACAUGAUGAUUCCCAAUUGCACUUUGUGCCCAUCGAAUCGUCCCCUGCGUCAAUACAUGAAUUUGAGUCACAGUAUCUUACAGUGCAUCAGAAAGAUGUGCGUGACAGACAGCGAUCAGAGCCCGCAGUUGUUUUCCCCGAUUUAAGAUCCAGUCCGCGACCUCAAAGCAAGUCACAGCAUCAUGGUGACUGCGAGUUUGCCCGUAAAGCCGCAGCCCUAGAUGAAUGUCCGUCAACUCCCACCCUUCCCAACAAUCAAGACCAGGCGGGGUUGGAAAUUUUGGCCUCGCCGACUCCACGUGCUCGACAUUAUACCAAGCACACAAUGGAUAUUGAGGUUCCAUCAUCACCACCUUCAAUGCACGACAACGACAGCAAGGGCCGAACCGGGCUCGAAACCCUCUCUUCACCUCUACAAGGACCAGUGGACCAUGGUCACAUGGUCAUCGAGAUUGGAAUACCUCCGUCAGAUGCCCUUGAGCAGUUUGAUGAGGAGAUGGAUGGGAUGAUCGGCGAAGUCAAGGAGGUACGGCUCGCUUCAGCUGAAGAGGGCCCUGCCGACUUAAUCAACACAGUAAUUGAGCUACACGAGUCUGAGGCAACCUCAGCCAGUACAAACGUACAAGAUGGUGAAAUUGCCCACAGUGCGACUGUUCCAGAGGAAGUGAUUCGCACGGAGAGCCUCGUGGGCGAGGAGACAACAAGUGCUGUGGGACAUCCAAGGAGUGACAGUGACGAGAAUGAUAUUCUUAGCGCAUCGCAACUGUCUCAAGAUCUUGAUCGUCAUGUCCAUGAAACUGUGAGAAGUUCUCCCAAUCCACCAGCAAUCGAGGACGAGUUGACGACCAGGCCUACGAAUGAUUAUGAGCAGGAUCGCUCCCUUGUGAAGCAUAAUUUCCGAAAACGCAGAGCCAGCAACCAAGCUAAACCGGCAAGGAAAAGACGGACUAAGUCAUCAUCACAGCUAUCCUCGCAUUCUCUUGGUGAAGAAUCCACUGCUAGCCAGCAAGACUUGCGGGACACCAUUGAAGUCGUCUCGUCCCCGAGUGCCGAAGUUAGCAUAUAUGAUCACCCUACUCCAGAGCGGCAAUCUGGUAUCUCUGCCCCUAUUCCGACUCGACGCCGAGGCCGAGGCCGUCCACGGAAGCAUUUGCGAGCCAACCAAUUUGAACCUCGACGAACUUCACAGGUGGUCGAGGCGACCAUGGUCCCGACACCACUAAUAAUGAAGACCGAGUUUGACAUCUCUGACGAUGUCGGAGUAGACAAAUGUCUUAAUGAGCACACUGAUAACAGUGAAAUGAUGGUUGUCGAUGUUGAAGAAGUGCCAAUUCUGGAUGAACCAACUCUCUCUCGAGCAGACGCGUUUACUCAUUCCAAUGAGAUCCAAGACCAUCAUAGUGUGGCAGAAGCAUCAGUGGUGACAGCACCGUGCAGUAUGGAGGAGGCGCCAGAUAAUCAUGCGAGGCCAGGAUUUCUCACCACAUUGCAAGCGGCACUGGAUCAGCUUAAGUCAACCGCAACAGCGGAUAUUGACUUACGGGCAGUUGAUGAUCUUUGCUUUCAGAUCCGAUUCCAGGCUCAGUUGCUGGGCCAGAAGGAAUAG